GUGUGGGAGCAGAAGAGUGGGACUGUGAUUUUUGUUUUCUAUUAUUUUGACGUUUUGCCGUUUGCUUAGUGAAAGACGAAUUUUUCUUAGUGUCAGUGAUGUGCUUUUCUUAAUCGAUUUAGAAAACGUUAUAUUUAUUUCCUCUCUACUCUAAAAAUUAAAUAUGUUAAGUAAUCACUGCAUCAUUUGGACCGGCUUUUGUUCUGAUAUGUGUGAUUGUUAAAUAGAACAGGCAUCUUUCUUAUAUGAACAAUGGGUAGAAUACAACAAAUAGUAUAACUACGUUCCCGGUGGCAAUGGACAGCCUGCACCUGACGACGCAACAGGCGUCGGCCAACAGCAAGGCGUCGUCUCGUAGCGCGUCCCCGUGUCGGCCAAGAGAAGCGCAUCACUCGCACCACAAAUCCCUAAGCCAUGGCUCCGCGGACAGCACCAAGUUCUACUUCCAGCCGGACGACGCUCGGCUAGCCUCGCAGCAAUCGUACAAGAUCGGAAGGCACAAAUCGCCGACCGCGAGCAGGUCGGACAUGAACGACUCGUCGACUCACCCGCACCACCAACACCAUCAUCAUCACCAACAACACCAGGACGACUCGGGAACGACGGCGGGCGUUGCGACGGAGGACGUCGCCGAUCUGGGAGGCGGCGGCUGUCCGUCGUCCUACGCGUCCAACGGCAGUUCGGAACAGAUGAAGCAGGAGGAGGACGGCGAUUACGCCAUGGACGCCCGGACGACGGCGCUGCUGGAGCAACUGGGCACGAAGAUCUGCAAGACGAGGGAUCUCAUGAAGAUGGAGCAGAAACUUAGGGACGAUAACGUGAAUGAGUACCUGGAUUUGUCAGCGAAAACCGAAGACAGAUUUCAAUUACAGAGGAUAAAAGCUGUAUUUGAAAAAAAGAACCAAAAGAGUGCUCAAGCGAUUUCGCAGUUACAAAAAAAAUUAGACAAUUAUCAGAAACGUGUGAUAGAGCUAGAAAGACAUGGACAGCUGCAGAGCCAUAGGCAACCUAGGGAGGUGCUGAGAGACAUGGGACAAGGACUGAAGAAUGUAGGUGGAAAUAUAAGAGAUGGAAUAACUGGUUUCAGUGGAUCUGUAAUGUCGAAACCUAGGGAAUUUGCACAUCUAAUAAAGAAUAAAUUCGGAAGUGCAGACAAUAUUAGUCAAAUCUCAAAAUGGUACGUAGGAACUGGUGCCAUCGGCGGCUCAGAAGGCAACGGAGCCAACAGCGGCAGCGACCAGGGCGAGAAGAACCACCACGGUUCGGCCACCCUGCCGGCUGUGCUGCAUCCGGCAACGUCGCAGUCGUCGAUGAGCCAGGAGGCGGGGCAAAGGCACCAGCCCAAGUUCCCGAGCGACGAGGGCAGCGAGUGUAGCAGCGUGACCAGUGAUAGCAUAGGAAGGUAUGGCCGAACAGAAAGUAGUCAUAAGGACCCACAUAUUAUAUGCAAAAAAUUACAAGAAGAAAUUGAAUCUCUCAAAGAGAAAUUAGAAGGAACAAAAACAUUGAAAGAAGAAAUGUUCUCAGUGUGUUCACAGUUACAGGAGGAGAGAUUUAGGAGCGAAAGACUGGAAGAACAAAUAAAUGACCUAACGGAACUGCACCAAAACGAGAUUGAGAAUUUGAAACAGGCCAUGGCCGACAUGGAGGAGAAAGUCCAAUACCAGAGCGAAGAACGUCUCAGGGAUAUACACGACAUAUUAGAACAGUGUCAGACCAAAAUCCAGAAAAUGGAACAUCAAGCUGCCCAACAACAACAAUAUGUCUCGCUCGAGGUCUUGGACAACUCGAAUGCCAGAGUGUUGGUCGUCAAACUCAUCAACGUAUUGCUCACUAUUUUACAAGUACUACUGCUUUUAGUCGCUACAGGAGCCGGGAUUAUUAUGCCUUUUCUUAGGACGCGGUUGAGGAUUAUUUCUACUGUAGUUCUUCUAGUUUUUGGACUCUUUAUGUGGAAGCAAUGGCCUGACAUGCAAGACAUAGGCUCACAUAUGAUGGGCCAUUUGAAAGACUUUAUGGAUCCCGUGAAAUAGCACUUGUUAAGCAACGGUUGUCUGUUUAUAGUGUGUAAGUUAGAAUGUAAGUAAAGUGCGGAAUGUGAAGAAUUGUGGAAAUCACUUUCAUUUUGAUAGUAUUUAUGUAAAGUGGCAGCAUCAGUAUUUAGGAGCAAGAAUAAAUCGAGAAUAAUUGAA